AUCCAGAUUUGUGUUCGUCACCUGCCAUGAUGUUGUGAAUUUCAAUUGGAACGUCUACUGUAUAAUUUAAGGUACUAAGGCAAUAGCCGUCAACAUUCUGCUUGUUGUGUUCUCCACAGAGCAGGCACGGUGCAACGUGUCGGCUGAAACCCGUGCGGAUAGCUCCUCCCACCCUAGCCUAUCAGAAUAAAGUUGGAAGCGAGUAGGUGGGGUGGGUGCUGGAAAAUGCACCAAUAAUAUUGCGGGAGGUGAGGCUCUUGUAGAAAACAUACACAAACACGUGUAUCUCUGCGUGUCGACUGGCGUGGUCAAAGCAAAUGUGUGCCACACAAUAGAAUCAGUACCUGGAGACUACCCGAAGCACUGCAACCGAACCUCGUCUUGAGGACUAGUUAUUAUUAAGACAACGUAUCGACACUGACAUCAGUCAUCCAGGACCAGAAUGCUUUGAAGAUCUGGAAUAUAUUUACUAUCCCUCAGCUGAAAGGUGACUUUUGUUUGGAAGAGGUGAAGAGGCCCCGUGAACGAUUUUAGAAGAGCAGCGAUCAGCUGAAAAGAAAAGAGCGAUUUAUUCGUUUCUCUCUUUUUCACCCUUCAUCGAGCAGCAGUCUUUCUGCUUGACACUUUCCCUCACAGUCCAUCUGGCGACUUUGUUCUGUGAUUUUUUUUCUGUGACAUUCAUAGCUUGUUCACCGUGGUUACAAGUGCGACGUGAGGUUUUAACUGGAGGAGUCUACUUGUUUUGGUCCUAUCCUAUCCCAACCUAUGGGAAAUCUUGUUGUUUUUCAGCUGUGCAAAUUGACAAUCAUGAUUCAACUGUUUUGUAGACCUUGCAGUCCCACCUAGUCUUCCGUUUAGUUUUUUUGGGAAAAUCUCUCCGAGAUAAGUCAGCGAAACACAACGAUCAUAGCGAUCGGCCAGUCAAAUUGAAGAUUAGUAUGAGUUAUGAGAACUCCAGCCCGGCGCCUAGCCAUGACGCACGGGGCGAAGUGGGGCGUACCGAGGAUGAGGAAGAGGCGGGGCGAGGGUCUCCGGACAUGAGCGGAGGCUGUACCUCCGAGGGCGCCAGCAGGGGGCGUGGCUCGUCCCCGGGCGGAGUGUCAGAAGGAGCCGGGGGCUCAUCGGGGGACAUGCGAGGCCCGAACUCGGACGACACGGACACGCGGUCGAGCGGCAACGACUCGGGCGAGCGGGAGAGCGAGGGAGGCAUGGAGCGAGGGGCCGGGUCCAGAGGGCAGUCCGCGCGCAGCUACCAGAGCUUGUCCAGCCACAACUGCAAGGACUCUGGAAUGAUGCUGGACACGGAGAGCAACAAGAGCUCUAACUCCCACAGCCCAUCCCCCCCCAGCAGUUCUCUGGGCUACAGCCUACUGAGCGGGGGCAGCUCGGAGCGCGACCCCCCCAGCACCAGCGGCUGCAGCAGUGACCUCGCACGCGUGAAGACCCAGAAGGAGCUCAUGAAGGCCCUGAAGGAGCUCAAGAUCCGCCUGCCGGCCGAGCGCAAGCCCAAGGGCCGCUCGUCCACGCUCAACGCGCUCAAGUACGCGCUCAGCUGCGUCAAGCAAGUCCGAGCUAAUCAAGAGUACUACCACCAGUGGAGUGUUGAGGAGUGCCAUGGCCUCAGUAUGGAUCUGUCCACUUUUACCAUAGAAGAGCUGGACAACAUCACAUCUGAGUACACACUCAAGAAUACAGACACCUUCACCAUGGCCGUGUCCUUCCUGUCGGGGAAGGUGGUGUACAUCUCCCCCCACGGCGCCUCGCUGAUGCGCUGCAAGCCCGAGCGCCUGCAGGGGGCGCUCUUCUCUGAGCUGCUGGCACCGCAGGACGUCAGCACCUUCUACAGCAGCACCGCGCCCUGCCGCCUCCCGCCCUGGGCCGCCUGCAUCGGCUCCGCUUCCCCGCCAGUGGACUGCACGCAGGAGAAGUCGAUGUUCUGUCGGAUCAGCGCUGACCGGAUGCACGGCAGCGAGUUGCGGUACUACCCAUUCGGCCUGACGCCCUACCAGCUGACCCUCCGUGAGUCGGACGCCGCCGACCCCCAGCCCUGCUGCUUGCUCAUCGCCGAGAAGGUCCAUUCAGGAUACGAAGCUCCUCGUAUUCCUGUCGAUAAAAGGAUCUUCACCACCAGCCACACUCCCAGCUGUCUCUUUCAAGAUGUGGACGAGAGAGCUGUGCCGUUGCUAGGCUACCUGCCACAGGACUUGGUAGGCACUCCAGUGCUGCUCUACAUUCACCCUGAGGACAGACACAUCAUGGUGGCUAUUCACAAGAAGAUCCUCCAGUUUGCCGGGCAGCCCUUCGACCACUCUCCCCUACGGAUGUGCGCACGCAGCGGGGAGUACCUGACCAUUGACACCUCCUGGUCCUCCUUCGUCAACCCCUGGAGCAGGAAGGUGGCCUUCAUCGUCGGCCGCCACAAAGUCAGAACGAGCCCACUGAAUGAGGACGUGUUCACGCCGCCACGGGGUGCCGAGGGCCAGGUGAUGGUGCCGGAGAUCCCGCAGAUGAGCCAGCAGAUCCACCGGCUCCUGGCGCAGCCGGUGCACUGCGGCGGCUCACAGGGCUACAGCAGCCUGACCAGCAGCGGCUCGCACGAGCAGCACCACAGCGUUGCCUCCUCGUCCGAGAGCAACGGGCCCGCGCUGGAGGACGCCGUACAGCUGCUCAAGCCGAUGACCUUCCAGCAGAUCUGCAAGGACGUCCACAUGGUGAAGACCAGCGGCCAGCAGGUGUUCAUUGAGUCCAGAAAUCGCCCAUCGGCCCGGAAACACGCCAAUGCUGGGGUCAGUGGGUCUUUACGAGCCAUUGGUGCCUCUCAGCCAAUCACCAGCACGAAAACACAGACGGCCCCACCCCCCAAGACCACGGCUCCUUCUGAACUCAUGACGAAGGAGUCGCCUAGCCCUUACUCCUACCAGCAGAUCAACUGCCUGGACAGCAUCGUACGAUACUUGGAUGGCUGCAAUGUGCCCAACGCCAAGAGGAAGUGUGGCACCUCCUCGUGCACAGCCUCCUCUACGUCUGACGACGACAAGCAGAAGGAGAAAACCAACAACACUAAAGGUCCUGCGGUAGCUCUUGUAGGGGAGGCUCCUCCUCUACCCCCCCUCGCGUUGCCCAAACCCGAAAGCGUUGCCUCGGUUACCUCUCAGUGCAGUUUCAGCAGCACCAUCGUCCACGUGGGAGACAAGAAACCGCCUGAGUCAGACAUUGUGAUGGAGGAAGCCACUCACACCCUGACAUCAGCCCCUCCCACUGUCCAAGUAUCGACCACGCCCACAACCACACUGUCUCCUCCCCCCGUGCUCAUGACGCCGUCUCCAAGCCCUGCGCCUCCGGCCGUGAGGGAGGCUCGGCGAGGAGGAGGAGGAAGGCUGGGCCUGACGAAGCAGGUGCUGUCGGCGCACACGCAGCAGGAGGAGCAGAACUUCCUGUUUCGCUUCCGUGACAUCAGCCAGCUGCGCGUGUUCGACCCGGCCACCGUGCUGAAGAGACACAACACCACGCCACUAGCCAGAGGUCUGCGCUCUUCCCGUGACUACCCUGCUGCAGGCAGCAGUAGUCGGCGGCGCGGCCGAGGUGGCAAGCGCCUGAAGCACCAGGAGACAAUCAACCAGGGCAGCCCGGCUCUCCGAGGCACCACAGGGGCCACCUUGCCCCCCACCUCCUCCUUCCCCCUGGGUCCCGCCACUACCUCCUCAUCCUGGCCCACCUCUGUGGGCUCCCAGGCCAGCCUGCCGUCUGUGCCCUACCCGCCGGGCAUGCUGCCCCUCUACCCGCUCUACCCGCCGCUCUCGCAACCGCUGGCCGACGCCACCGCGCUGCAGACGGGCCUGCGCUUCCCCAUGCAGAACGUCCAGAUGCCGCCGCAGAUGGUGCCCCCCAUGAUGGCACUGGUGCUGCCCAACUACAUGUUCCCGCAGAUAAACGCGCCCCUCGCCCAGCCGUGCCCCGCCAUCGCCGCCGCCGGCACUGUGCCCUUCUUCAACCCCAACGCGGCCUUCGUGCCCCCCUUCGCGGCCGCAGCCGGGGUCAACCCCAACGUGGCGCUCCCCACCCUGCAGCAGAUGCCUACCGCCACCCAGGUCCCCAGGCCCACGUCCCGCUCCAGCACCCCCCACUCCAUCAGCCAGAGGGAGGGUCGGGCCGACCGGGAGGGGGCAGAGUCCAUGCUCCUCCCCUCCAGCCGAUGCUCCUCCCCCCUCAACCUGCUCCAGCUGGAGGAGCCACUCAGCAACCGACUUGAGGCCACGCCCACAGGAGGGCAAGGGGACCAGUUCAUGACCAAUCAAAGAGGAGCAGCUGAGGACUCCAAAGAGAAUGACAAUGGCGAGGCCAAUGAUUCCACGCAGGACGCCAUGUCCACCUCCAGUGAAUUCCUGGACCUCCUGCUCCAGGAGGACUCCCGAUCGGGCACCGGAUCGGCCGGCUCAGGCUCCAGGUCCUUGGGCACGGGGUCCUCUGGUUCGGGCCUGGGGUCCUCAGGUUCAGGCUCCAACGGCUGCAGCUCGUCAGAGAGCAGGACAAGAAGCAGCCAGAGCAGCCACACCAGUAAGUACUUUGGCAGCAUCGACUCGUCAGAGAAUGACCACUCCCGGAAGCAGCCAGCAGGGGGCGACGGAGAGGCUCAGUUCAUCAAGUGUGUGCUGCAGGACCCCAUCUGGCUCCUCAUGGCCAACACUGACGACAAGGUCAUGAUGACUUACCAGCUACCAAUCAGGGACCGUGAGACGGUGCUGCGCGAGGACCGCAUGGCACUGAGGGCCAUGCAGAAGAGCCAGCCGCGCUUCUCCGAGGAGCAGAAGCGAGAGCUGAGCCAGGUCCACCCGUGGAUUCGCACCGGACGCCUGCCCCCCGCCAUCAACAUAUCGGCAUGCGUAGAUUGCAAAUCCUCUACCUGCGUCCCGCCAUCAGCACCUUUUGAUGUGGAGAUCCACGAGAUGGAGCUCUGCAGUGCUCUCGUCACGAACGAGGGGGCAUCCGCCGAGAAACUGGCCCAGCCCGACACCGCCAUGGAGCAGGGCGAGGGGCACGUGAACGUGAAGAGAUCAGAUGGAGGAAGAGUGGCGGAGACGGACAUAUCGCUGGCCAAAGACCAGGAAAUGGUUACGGAGGAGCAGGAAAUUACCUCACAAACGGAGCAGGGAAGAGUCACAGAGAUGACCCACUGAGUUCAAAGCAGGAAGGAAGCAGUAGUGCUUUUUUACCUUCUUGGGACAAGGUCUGAAGAUGUUCACAGCCCUGUGGUCCGUUCUCAAUGCACUCAAGGCCAGGUCUGCCUCUCACACUGAGUCUGGCAGACUGAAACAGUGUGAUACUGGCAUCACUUGCAACAACAAUGGAACAUUGUUAUUGAAUUAUACAUGCUUCUAAUGUUUCCUGGUGUGUUUUUUUUUUAUCAGCUUUGCUCAAAAGUGCAACACUUUACUGUGUUGUAGACAGUAAUGUUGCAUCCUGUGCUCUCCCCAACGAACAAUGGGUUGGUUCAAUCCAGCCAGGUGAAGUCCCGCUGGGUAGUUCUAUUAAAACAGGGAAGAGGGGCAUUAACCUGCUCAGACCUCCUGGGGGAAAAUGCACCUUUUUUUGUCGCAGUGGCCUCUGCAGAAAGUUUUGAAAGCACUUCUAUUUUUGUAGCUGAAAAAACUGAGGUCUGUGAAAGCAGUCAGUGUCUGACCAAAAUUGACUCCGGAAACAAAUGUAAAUAAAAAGGUUUACUUUGUUUUAUGACCAGUAUGUUUAUUUUUUUAUACUUUGUCAUUUUACAGAAUGUCCUUUCCAAGAAGUAUUGUGUGUGACGAGUGUUUUGUAAAAUCCAGAAGUCGAUUUUUUCAGAGACAGACAUUGAACACAUCACAGCAACACAACAGAAGUCCAAGAAAACUCAGUACAUUGUCAUGGUAACAGGCAGGUUUAGUUCGUAACUGACUGUUUUGGUUCCUACAAGUAGCUAAUUAGCCAGGAACCUGUUCAUGUUCACAUUUCCUCACACUAAUGUAUAUACAGGCGCACAAUGAAUGGACUCAAAUGAAUGGACUAGGUGGAUUUCCAAGACUCCUCAUGGACUUAAUACAUAUCAAAGCGACGGUUUCUAUGGUAACCACCUAUAUAGUGGCCUCUUGUACAGGCCAUCAUCACCUGAUGGGAAAGAGAUUUUGGGACACUGCCAUUGGCCAGUGCCUGUUGUACAGCCUGUUCAGAAUUUCCCACCUGAUGUGGAUGGAUGUGACUGGACUAUUGGACUCCUGAGGACGCUGAGACAACAGAAAGACUUAAAAGAAACUUAAACAGUGGCAAACACAGGAGACCAGACUGGGCAAGACCAGACUCUUGUCUCUUUGUCUCUAUCUUUCUCUCCCUUGCCUCGCUCCUGUGGUCACCUUUUAAAAAUAUUUCUGGAGCUUCUAUUUCUUACUUUGGCAAAAUCUGCCUUUGUUGUCUUGGUUGACUUCCUGUCUCUUAUUUUCUGUCAGGGUGAUGUGAUUCUCUGCUUCAGUCGUCCUCAAGAAUUUGUAUAUUUUUUUUUUUGAAUGUCUUUAUAUUGAAAACAAAAUGAUAAUAAUAAUAAAAUUAUUAAAU